CACAGACUAGUCACGCCCUGGCCAAUGACACGAUCAGUCCUGCAGCAGCCGCGCGCACUCGGUAGUUGACACUCCACUAGUCUAGUCCCAACUCCGGCUCUCCGUGCGCCACCACUCACCAGCUCCGUCGUCCAUGGCAUCCGCCGCCGCAGUAGGCACUAGCCUCCCUCUCUUCCUCCUCCUCGUCUCAACGUUGAUCGCCGCCUCAGCCUCGCCGUCUUCGGCGGCGGAGGCGCAGGCGCCGCAAGAGCUCCUGCUCGACUUCAAGGCGUCCCUGCGGGACCCGUCGGGCGCGCUCUCCGGCUGGUCGCGCUCCGCGCCCUACUGCAACUGGCCGCACGUCGCCUGCACCAGCGCCGCCGCCGCCGCCAACGCCGCGGUCUCCGUCUCGCUCUCGCUCCAGGGCCUGGGCCUCUCCGGCGAGCUCUCGGCCGCCUCGCUCUGCCGCGUCCCCGGCCUCGUCGCGCUCAGCCUCGCGUCCAACGGGUUCAACCAGACUAUCCCGCUGGACCUCGCGCGGUGCGCCUCGCUCGCGUCCCUCAACCUCAGCGCCGGCGCCUUCUGGGGCCCGCUCCCAGAGCAGCUCGCCGCGCUCCCCGCGCUCGUGUCGCUCGACCUCAGCGGCAACAGCUUCGAGGGGCAGGUGCCCGCCGAGCUCGCCGCGCUGGGGAGCCUCGAGGUGCUCGACCUUGGGGGCAACCGCCUCUCCGGCGUGCUCCACCCGGCGCUGUUCCGCAACCUCACCAGCCUGCACCUGCUGGACCUGUCCGGGAACCAGUUCCUGGAGUCCGAGCUGCCACCGGAGAUCGGCAGGAUGAGCAGCCUCAGGUGGCUGUACCUGCAGGGGUCAGGGUUCACCGGCGCGAUCCCUGAGUCCUUCCUCGGGCUGGAGCAGCUGCAGGUUCUUGAUCUGUCCAUGAACAGCCUGACCGGAGCCGUGCCUCCCGGGUUCGGCCUCAAGCUUCAGAAGCUGAUGGCCCUGGAUUUGUCGCAGAACGGACUCUCCGGGCCGUUCCCGGAGGAGAUUGGUAAGUGUUCGAUGCUCCAGAGGUUCGAGGUGCACGACAACGCCUUCACCGGGGAGCUCCCCGGCGGGCUCUGGUCGCUGCCGGACUUGCGCGUGAUCCGGGCCCAGAACAACAGGUUCACCGGCCGGUUACCCGAGUUCCCCAGCGGCCAGUCUCGGCUCGAGCAGGUUCAGCUUGACAACAACAGCUUCUCCGGCGGGAUACCUCAGAGUAUCGGCCAGGUCCGCACCCUGUACCGGUUCUCUGCCUCCCUCAACGAGCUCAACGGCAGCUUGCCGGAGAACAUCUGCGACUCCCCGGAGAUGAGCAUCAUCAACAUCUCCCGCAACUCGCUCUCCGGCACGAUCCCGGAGUUCAGGAGCUGCAGGAGGCUGGUGUCGCUGUACCUGGCCGGCAACGGCUUCACCGGGCCGAUACCGGCGUCCCUCGGGGACUUGCCGGUGCUGACGUACAUCGACAUGUCCAGCAACGACCUCACCGGCGGCGUUCCGGCAGAGCUCCAGAACCUGAAGCUAGCGCUGCUGAACGUCUCGUACAACAACCUCUCCGGCCGCGUGCCGCCGUCUCUGAUCUCCGAGCUUCCAGCCGUGUUCCUCCAAGGGAACCCCGGGCUAUGCGGCCCCGGGUUGCCGAACGAUUGCGACGCGCCAUUGAGGAAGCAUCAGGCACUAGCGCUGGCCGCGACCGUGGCAUCGUUCCUCACCGGCGUGGCGCUGCUCGCCGUGGGAGCAUUUGCAGUUUGCAGGAGGCUACACGGCAGCGAGCCCUCCCCAUGGAAGCUCGUGCUCUUUCACCCUGUCAAGAUCACCGGAGAGGAGCUGCUCGCCGGAUUUCACGACAAGAGCAUCAUCGGCAGGGGUGCGUUCGGGAAAGUCUACCUGAUCGAGCUCCAAGACGGGCAGAACAUUGCGGUGAAGAGGCUGGUGAAUUCAGGCAAGCUACCAUUCAGAGCAGUGAAGAAUGAGAUGAAGGCGCUGGCGAAGGUCCGGCACAAGAACAUCGCCAAGAUGCUGGGUUUCUGCUACUCCGACGGCGAGGUCAGCAUCAUGUACGACUACCUGCAGAUGGGAAGCAUGCAGGAUCUGAUCUGCGCUCAUCAGAAAUUCACCAUGGCGUGGAAGGACCGGGUGAGGAUCGCCAUGGGUGUGGCCCUGGGGUUGGCGCACCUUCACCAUGACCAUACUCCCCAGGUGCUGCACAGAGAUCUGAAGGCGAGCAACGUGCUACUUGAUGACGAAUUUGAGCCCAGGAUUGCCGGAUUUGGGGUCGAUCGUGUUGUCGGGGAAAUGGCAUACCAGACUUCCAUGGCUUCGGAUCUGAACUACAAGUGCUAUGUCGCGCCAGAGCAAAGCCGCGCCAAGAAUCCGACGCACCUCAUGGACGUGCACAGCUUCGGGGUCAUCCUCCUGGAGCUGGUCACCGGGAAGCCGGCGGAGCAGCCGGCGUCCGACGACUCCGUCGACAUCGUCAGGUGGGUGCGCCGGCGAAUCAACGUGGCUGACGGAGCAUCGCAGAUACUCGACCCCAGCAUCUCCCGCACGGCGCAGCAGGGGAUGCAGGCUGCCCUCGAGCUCGCCCUGCGCUGCACAUCGGUGAUGCCCAACCAGAGACCGGCCAUGGAUGAGGUCGUCCGGUCGCUCCAGCAGCUGUGCUUCAGCGUUCAUCCGCAGACGCCGCCGCAGCCCACUGAAAUCGUUCUGGAGCCCUGAAUGGAGAAGCACGUUGAGGGCUUGAGGUCGCCUGCUUCUGCUUCUGCCCAUGGUAGCUCAAAAGUUCAGAGUAUGUAUAACUGCAUAGCCCUUGCUCGUGGUAUUUGUAUAUAGCAUGCCAAACAGAAUAAAGAGAAAUAAGCGAUCAGCGCGAUCGCCAAGCUUA